UUGAGAGGUGGCGGGCGCCGUUUGGACUUUGACGCUCUGGCCCGCUUCCGGUCAGUCUCGAUGGUCGUGCGGGAGACGCUCUAGGCGCGCAGCCGCGCGCUCUCAUGGGUUGCCUGGGUGCUCGAUGAUCUGCUAAUCCGCCGGGGGCGGGGCCGAGCAGUCUCGCGAGAGCCCGGAGGGGGCGGGCGCGUGGUCCCGCGGCGGACGGAGCCCGAGAUGGAGCCGGAGAGUCUGGAGUCGAGGAUCAACAGAGCUACCAACCCCCUCAACAAGGAGCUGGACUGGGACAGCAUCGACGCCUUCUGCGAGCAGCUCAACAAGGAGCUGGAGGGGCCGCCCCUGGCCACCCGGCUGUUGGCGCACAAGAUCCAGUCUCCACAAGAAUGGGAAGCGACCCAGGCCCUGACGGUCCUGGAGACGUGCAUGAAGAACUGUGGCAAGCGCUUCCAUGACGAGGUCGGCAAGUUCCGCUUUCUCAACGAGCUCAUCAAGGUGGUAUCACCGAAGUACCUGGGCACCCGCACCCCCGACAAGGUGAAAGACAAGAUUCUGGAGCUGCUUUACAGCUGGACUCUAGGGCUGCCUCAGGAGGUCAAGAUCGCCGAGGCUUACCAGAUGCUGAAGAAGCAGGGGAUUGUGAAGAUCGAUCCCAAGCUCCCCGAUGACAGCCCCUUUUUAGCACCUCCCACGCGGCCCAAGAACGGGAUCUUUGAAGAUGAGGAGAAGUCCAAGAUGCUGGCCCGCUUGCUCAAGAGCUCCCACCCGGAGGACCUGCGAGCCGCCAACAAGCUUAUCAAGGAGAUGGUCCAGGAGGACCAGAAGCGGAUGGAGAAGAUCUCUAAGCGGGUCAGCGCCAUAGAAGAGGUGAAUAACAACGUGAAGCUGCUGACCGAGAUGGUGACCAACUACAGCCAGGGCGAGUCCUCGGACAGCAAUGACGAACUCAUGAAGGAGCUGUACCAGCGCUGUGAGCGCAUGAGGCCCAUGCUCUUCAGGCUGGCCAGUGACACCGAGGACAACGACGAGGCCCUGGCGGAGAUCCUGCAGGCCAAUGACAACCUCACCCAGGUGAUCAACCUCUACCAGCAGCUAGUGAAGGGAGAAGAGCUCAAUGGGGAGCCAGCCUCUGGCCGUCUUCCAGGUAGCACCUCUGCUCUCCUGGACCUCUCUGGCCUGGACCUGCCUCCAGCAGGCUCAGCCAGCCCGGCCCUCCCUAGCCUGGCCAGUGGCUUGGCCGGGCCAGAGCAGCCCACCUCACUCUCCCUGCUUGAUGAUGAACUCAUGUCUCUAGGCCUCAAUGAUCCUACACCCACCUCAGCCCCAAGCCUGGACAAUGGAGGAUGGAAUAGUUUCCAGUCAUCCGAAAGCUCAGAACUCUCCGCUGCAGCUCCCAAAGCCGAGAGCCAGCCCUUGCCCCCCGUGCCGCCAUCGUCCUCCAGCGGGCUCGAUGACCUGGACCUCUUGGGAAAGACGCUGCUGCAGCAGUCUCUGCCCCCGGAAUCUCAGCAAGUGCGGUGGGAGAAACAGCAGCCUGCUCCUCGGCUCACCCUACGUGACCUCCAGAACCAAAGCAGCGCCAGCGCCCCGUCGCUGCUUCCCAGCGGCUCCUGCGAGCCCCCCGUGCCCCCCCGACCCCCAGAGCUAGCACAGGAGAUCUCGCUGGCCAACGUCACUGUGCCCUUGGAGUCCAUCCGACCCAGCAGCGUCCUGCCCGUGACCGUCUAUGAUCAGCACGGCUUCCGUGUCCUCUUCCACUUCGCCCGGGACUCUCUCCCCGGCCGGCCUGACGUGCUGGUUGUGGUUGUUUCUAUGCUGAGCACGGCCCCAAAGCCGAUCCAGAACAUCGUCUUUCAGGCUGCUGUUCCUAAGGUAAUGAAAGUGAAGCUGCAGCCCCCCUCAGGCACCGAGCUGCCCGCCUUCAACCCCAUCGUCCACCCCACGGCCAUCACGCAGGUCCUGCUGCUUGCCAACCCCCAGAAGGAGAAAGUCCGCCUCCGGUACAAGCUCACCUUCACCAUGGGGGACCAGACCUACAACGAAAUGGGAGACGUGGACCAGUUCCCUCCGCCUGAGUCUUGGGGAAGCCUCUAGAAGCGGGCCAGGGAAGGUUGGGGUGCCAGAGGCUCAGGGGAGGCGGGCAAGGACUCCCAGCCCCUCCCCUCCGCAGGACCCCCUGCCCCCUGUUCCUGUCCUCUUCUGGUUAGGACCCACUUGGAACCUUGUGCCCCGGCAGACAGGAGCAGGGCCAGCUUCCCUCUCUGUAGCCAUACACACUGGGAUUUGGGGCUCUCCCUGGUGUUUCUCCAAUGACUAGCCCUUCCCCACCUUCCUCUCCCUCUCUCACCGAGCUAAACCCAGAAGGAGAGACCGAGGCCAGGACUCCUUUCCCCAACACAGCAGCCUCAUCUCUUGGCCAGGGACGUCCUGCUUUGUUCCGUGGAGAUGGGGGAGGGUGGCAGGGCGGUCCCUUCUGGGCUCUGGGAAGGAUUUGGGGGGCCUUGGGGCCCUCAGCAGCACUGUAGCAGUCCUGGGAAGGGGCCGGAGCCCUGCUCUCUUAUGCCUUAUGGGAAGGACUAGCCAUAACCCAGGGUGGCCUUAGCGGGCGCAGAGCCUCCCUUGGAGGGCCGGGGGGAGCACCCCAAUAGGAACUGGGUUGAAUUUGGGGUGUUUACCUCCAACUGUUUGCACUUCUCUGGUGUAGGGUUUGAUUUUCUUUCCUUUCAUUUGAGUCUGUCUCUGUCCACAGAGAGAGUGGAGAGUAUGGAGAGAAGGGGACCCCUGAAACUCCCUCCUUCCUCUACCUCCCAUGUGUCUCCCUUGCUGCAGCAUGGCUGAGAGGAGAUGGGCGAUGGGUGGGGCGGUCUAGGCCUAGGUCUCCAGAUGGGCUAGGGGAGGGGUGGCGGGCCCAGAUAUGCCUUGGGGGAAGAAUGGCCACCCGUGGGGCGGGGCUUCCCCAUGUAUGGCCUUGGGUCUUCUGGGCUUCUCCAUGUCUCUCUUCUGUCAGAGGCCUGCAGGAUUGCCUCCCAGGGCUGUGGCUUACGGGGUCAGAGGGACGUUGUACUGCAUUGAAUGUGGUGUAUUUAUGGGAUAUAAUAAAGAGUUCUUUCCUGGA